CCACAGCUUACGUACACUGGUGAGACCAUGCAUCGACUAAGUAAGCCUAAAUCGCCAAUCGCUCAACCGGAAAAUAAGUCAAAAAAGUCCAUCAGAAAGAACAAUCCAGAUAUUGUCAAACAAAAGGGAUCUGAGGAGCAGGAACGCGAAAUCGCAAAAUUAGCAGAACAAAAAGCACCAGAAAGAGAAACAAAGGAAGUAAAAGAUGUAAAACCACCUCCUCCGCCAGCUCCAACGCUACAAGGAAUUGGUAACGAGCUGUUUAAUGUAAAACCUGAAAAUAAAAGCAAACACUCUAAGGAGAAGGAGGAUGCUGUUGGGGAAAAGGAUAAAUUUAAGCAGCCACCUAAGAUUCAAAAAGCUGAUGCAAAAGAUCCUCAAUACGAAACAUUGGCUGAUAUUCAAAAAGCUGAUGCAAAAGAUCCUCAAUACGAAACAUUGGCUGAUGUUAAAGAUGAUAUUUUCAAAAGACAGUAA